AUGCAACGCACUGGUCCUCCGUCCGUCAGCGAGCUCAAAGCUCACGAUGAUAAGACAAUCUUCAGAGCGCACAAUGACAAGGCGAACUUCUCCAGGAACACAAAGCGUGCCUGCGUAUCUUGUGGCUCCCAGGACAGCGAGGAUGCAUCUCUGAAGGUUUGUACAGGAUGUAAGAGGAUGUGGUACUGUUCCGGUGCCUGCCAAAAGUCGGAUUGGAAGCGCCACAAGCCGUUUUGCAAGAGUCACCAGGAGACUCAAGCGGCAAUGGAGCGCGAUACUCAGAUUCUGAAGACUCUUGAUGGAUACGACAUGCCUCCUCUGACGGUAAUACGUGAUAUGCUCGAAGACUUUGCCAACCUGCACCAUCGCGUAGUGUCUAUCGUGGUCGGUCAUGAGCUAGGCUCACGCAGUACCGCCUUCCCGCCUCUGGACGUGAAGAAGGAUUGUAUCGCGUUGACGCUCAAAAUGCGCGAUCCGAAUGCUAAUCCGGCUUCUAUUUUUGCGUUCACUGGAGGGUCUUUGCCGUGCCAUAUCAACGGUCUUGAUUCUGAGAAACAACGGCUGCUUGCGCCCUACUCCGCCAAGCUAUCCGACACCAAUGUUCAGUAUUCAUCGCAAACGGAUAUAUGUUUCAUCCCUGCUCUAAUUGCGGUGGAGCAACCCCCCUUCUUGUAUAUCACCACCGUCGAACUCAGACGCCCUCAACUCGAUCUGAAUCUACUCAAGAAGACUGUACCUGAGGACGCGCCGUGGUGGGCUCAACUUGAAUACAACGCUCAAAAGGGACUCGUUGUGCGCAGACAUUGGAAUGAACGCAUCAAGACUUACGUCGAAAUGCUUGGAACGUUGAAGCAGGGUGAUGACGCCUCUUGGCGAUGGGAGAAGGCGAAUGACAGUAGAGGAAACCAGAAGGCUGAGGAGGAGAUGCGAGCAAGGAAGAAGCUGUUGCGAAAGCAGUGA